UUUUUGCUUAUAUUAAUUGGAUUUUCUUUUUGUUUGAUUAAGUGUGAUCUUUCGGAAAAGUGGAUGGCUAAGAAGGCAUUUUAGAGGAUUUCAAAUUCUGGGUUUUUUUAAUUUAGGUUUGACUGGGUUUUUUGUUAGGAUUUUUCUUUUCUUUUUCCUGGGUUUUUAUCAGUUUUGAGGAAUUAUGAAAACUUCAUGGGCAGAUUCUGCCAACAAUCUCGUACCUCGUCCAGCUCGACCCACUUAUGUCCCUCCCCACCUCCGCAACAGCGCGUUUUCCGACGCGCCGACGCCGUCUGGUCCACCCACUGAGAGGGCGAGUUUUGGCGGCAAUACCGCUGGUGGUUCCCGUCGGGGCGGGAACACUGGGACUAAGCCUGAAUACGGGCGUCAGAUGCAGGGGAAUGGUUAUGCUGCAGGCGGAAGAGACGGCGGCGGCAGCGGUAGGAAUAACCGAAGUGGCGGCUGGGAUAGGAGAGAAAGGGAGCUAAACCCAUUUGUUAACGAUGAUAAAGUUGAGUAUAUGAAACAAGGUUUUACUGAACACGAGAACACCGUGAUCAAUUUCGAUGCAUACGAAGAUAUUCCGGUGGAGAUUAGCGGCGAGAAUGUGCCGCCGCCUGUUAAUACGUUUUCCGAGAUAGAUUUAGGUGAAAUGAUGAACCAAAACAUUAGGAGGUGUAAGUAUGCGAAACCGACUCCGGUUCAGCGAUAUGCGAUCCCCAUCGCAUUGGCCGGAAGAGAUUUGAUGGCUUGUGCUCAAACCGGGUCAGGGAAGACAGCUGCAUUUUGCUUUCCUAUUAUUAGUGGAAUUAUGCGGGAGCAGUACGGACAGAGAUCUCGAGGGGGACGAACCGUUUACCCCUUCGGUCUCAUUCUAUCUCCCACAAGGGAGCUUUCAUGUCAGAUACACGAUGAGGCCAAGAAGUUCUCGUAUCAAACCGGUGUCAAAGUGGUUGUCGCCUACGGUGGAGCACCGAUUAACCAGCAGUUGCGGGAGCUGGAGAGAGGAGUCGAUAUUCUUGUGGCAACUCCAGGACGACUGGUUGAUUUGCUGGAGAGGGCUAGAGUGUCAUUGCAGUCGAUUAGGUACUUGGCCCUUGACGAGGCGGAUCGCAUGCUUGAUAUGGGGUUUGAGCCACAAAUCAGGAAGAUAGUAGAACAAAUGGAUAUGCCGAAUCGGGGUGUCAGGCAAACAAUGUUGUUUAGUGCCACCUUUCCAAGAGAGAUACAGAGGCUUGCUUCCGAUUUUCUUUCGAAUUACAUAUUCUUGGCUGUUGGGAGGGUUGGCUCGAGUACGGAUUUAAUCGUUCAAAGGGUUGAAUUUGUUCCCGAGUCGGAUAAGAGAAGCCAUCUCAUGGAUCUUCUGCAUGCACAGAGGGAAAAUGGGGAGCAUGGAAAGCAAGCGUUGACUUUAGUUUUCGUGGAGACAAAAAAAGGGGCCGACUCAUUGGAACACUGGCUGUGCAUUAAUGGAUUCCCAUCGACGACGAUCCAUGGUGAUCGGAGUCAACAGGAAAGGGAACUAGCAUUGAGAUCUUUCAAGAGCGGGAAGACCCCGAUUUUAGUAGCAACUGAUGUGGCCGCUCGGGGUCUCGAUAUACCCCAUGUAGCUCACGUUGUCAACUUCGAUCUUCCUAACGACAUCGAUGAUUAUGUCCACCGGAUCGGUAGGACCGGGCGUGCUGGUAAAACAGGGUUGGCUACAGCUUUCUUUGACGAGAGCAAUUUGUCGCUGGCAAGGCCACUAGCUGAGCUAAUGCAAGAAGCAAAUCAAGAUGUACCUCCAUGGCUCACCCAUUAUGCCUCUCGGGCUCCCUAUAGUAGUAACAAGAAUCGACGAUCCGGAGGGCGUUUCGGUGGUUGUGAUUUCAGGCGGGAGGAGUCGUUCGGUAAAAACCUGGAUUACUACGGCGGAGGAAGUAGUGGUACUGCAUUCGGAGUUCCUGCUGAUUACGGCGGAGCAUAUGCUCCCGGCGUAAUAAGUGCAUGGGAUUAGGUCCCCUACUCCACACUGAAUCAAUUUUUCGUGUUUCUCAAGUAUGUAGGAUUGAUAAAACUAACCUUUUAAGCCUGUCUGCUGGUCGUGGAUAACAAGUCGUAGUUCGGCCGGUGAAAUACGAAACUAACCCGGUUAGGCUCGGGUGCGUCUGCGCUUUUGCGUGCUCGGUUCGGCGAGAAAAUAUAGGUAAGAGCCUAGGAUGCAAAAGUAAAAUGAAAGCAGUGUUUUUGCAACCCAAUUAUAAGUAGAGUGAUGAAAGAAAAGAUGGCAUUUGCUGGUCUUUACUGUGUUAAUAUGUUUUUAUUUUACUGAGAAGCAAAAUGUGCC